GUCUAUCCUGCUCAGUGGAUUCAUGUGGAGAUAAGCGGGAGGAAAAGUUUUCUUUCGGGCGUUUCAUGUCCUAAAUCAGGCGAGAGGGAGAGGAUUCCAGGAUCUGGUACCAUGUUCAAGGCGGUUUUGAAGAAGAACAGAGACGGGGGAAAGGGGAGCAAGAAGGAAGCAGAUGGGAGGCGGACAGACCCACAGAGAGACGUGCUGACCCUCGCGGCCGAUCCAGGACUACAGAGGGCCAGGCUUGGUGGCGAGUUCUACACCCACAGCUCACAACGCAGGUGCCCCGCGGGAGGGGGCCCCAAUCUGCCAGACCCGGGCACCACCCACCCCUACGCCCCGGAGGACAUAUUCCGGCUGAGCCUGGCGAAGGGGGUGUCCAUGUCCCUGCCCUCCUCGCCCCUGCUGCCCCGCCAAUCCUACAUGAUGCCCUCACGCUCCUGCAAGAGGUCCCCAGGUCCAGUCAGGAAGCCAAAGUAUGUGGAGAGUCCUCGCGUUCCCGGAGACGGCAUUGUCUCAGCGCUGAGGAAAGCGGCCGAGAACAAGGACUCUUCCCAGAAUGAGCUGCGAGCCGAGAAAGAGCCAUGCUCCUCCCCCGCCACUCAGGAGCUGAUGACAAGGCUGGGUUUCUUACUCGGAGAAGGGAUCCCGGGAUCAGCGCGCAUACCUAUGGAAGACAAGAAUGAAAAGAAGUGUACUGUAGCCAGUCAGGGAAUCAGCCCCUGCUCCACUCUGACCAGCAGCACCGCCUCCCCCAGCACAGACAGCCCCUGCUCCACCCUCAACAGCUGCACGAGCCGGCCCCCUCCGAGCCGCUCCAGCCCCUGCGGGACCAUUGCCAGUCCCAGCUCCACCCUCGAGAGCAAGGACAGUGGGAUCAUAGCGACCAUCACUAGCUCCUCUGAGAAUGACGACCGCAGUGGCUCCAGCCUGGAGUGGAGUAAAGAUGGCAGCCUGAGGGACAGUGGGCACCAUGGGCUGGCGCACGGCUCGCGGGCAGACGCUUGCUCCCCUGUGGCCGAGGAAGACCCCCCCGCCGAGGCCCCGCCCAGGACGGACGCCGGGGCAGGAGCGGCAGCACCCUCCCCGGAGGGGCCCCUCCCCUACCCCUCACAGAGCUCCUCCAGCCUCAUGAUGCCACGCCCCAACUCCGUGGCAGCAACAAGUUCCACCAAGCUGGAAGAUCUGAGCUAUCUUGAUGAGCAGCGCAACACUCCCCUCCGAACGUCCAUCCGUCUGCCCUGGCACAGUACGGGGGGCCGGGCACCACAGGACCCCAAAGCUCGCUUCGCUCCCUACAAGCCUGUGGACAUCAUGCUCAAGCCGCUGCUGUUUGAGGUGCCCAGCAUCACCACGGACUCGGUCUUCGUGGGCCGCGAUUGGCUGUUCCAGCUGAUGGAGGACGUCCUGCAGCGGGGCGGCGAGUCCGGCGAGAGCCGCGGCGUGGUGGUGGCAGGCAACGUGGGCUUCGGCAAGACGGCCGUCAUCUCCCGCCUGGUGGCCCUCAGCUGCCACGGCGGCCGCAUGCGCCAGAUCGCGUCCAACAGCCCCGGAGGGUCCCCCAAAAGUGGGGAUGGGAGCACAGACCUGCCCCUCAGCCAACCCCCCCAGCCUGCCCCGCACCUCAGUGCCACCAACACCCUGCGCAACAGCAGCUGUCCCGGGACCCCCGAAAUCCAGAGACGCAGGGAAGAGGCGGUGAAACGCCUGGCUGCCAAGGUGGUGGCGUACCACUACUGCCAGGCGGACAACACCUACACCUGCCUGGUGCCGGAGUUUGUGCACAGUGUCGCCGCCCUGCUGUGCAGAGCCCACCAGCUCACCGCCUACAGGGAGCUGCUGCUGAAGGAGCCGCACCUACAGAGCAUGCUCAGUCUGCGCUCCUGCGUGCAGGACCCGAUGGCGGCCUUCAGGAGAGGCGUGCUCGAGCCUCUGGUCAACCUCCACAAAGAGAGGAAGAUCCCCGAGGAUGACCUCAUCAUCCUGAUUGACGGGCUGAACGAGGCGGAGUUCCACAAGCCGGACUACGGGGACACCAUCGCCUCCUUCAUCACCAAAAUCAUCUGCAAGUUUCCCGUCUGGCUGAAGCUCAUAGUCACUGUGCGAGUCAAUCUGCUGGAGAUCACCAGCCUGCUGCCCCUCUCCAAGAUCUCACUGGACGACUUCCCCGGCAACAAGGACAUCAGCAACGACCUGAACGCCUAUAUCCAGUACCGUAUCAACGGCAGCCAGGAGAUCAUGAACAACAUCUCGCUGAACGGCAAGGCUGACCCGGUCAUCGUCAGCAAGGUCAGCAGCCACCUGAUCUCCCGCAGCCAGGGCUCUUACCUGUACCUGAAGCUGACCCUGGACCUGUUCGAGAGGGGCCACCUGGUGAUCAAGAGCGCCAGCUACAAGGUGGUGCCCGUCUCGCUGGCCGAGCUCUACCUGCUGCAGUGUAACAUGAAGUUCAUCACCAACUCGGCCUUCGAGCGCUCGUUGCCCAUCCUCAACGUGGCGCUGGCGUCCCUGCACCCCAUGACGGACGAGCAGCUGUACCAGGCGGUGAACGCGGGCUCCGUCCGGGGCGAGCUGGAGUGGGAGGACUUCCAGCAGCGCAUGGAGGGUCUGUCCUGCUUCCUGAUUAAGCGCAGGGACAAGACCCGCAUGUUUUGCCACCCCUCCUUCCGGGAGUGGUUGGUGUGGAGGGCCGACGGGGAGAGCACCGACUUCCUCUGCGAUCCCAGGAGUGGCCACGCCCUCAUGGCCUUCAUGCUGUCCCGGCAGGAGGGGAAACUGAACCGGCAGCAGACCAUGGAGCUGGGCCACCACAUCCUCAAAGCACACAUCUUCAAGGGGCAGAGUAAGAAGACAGGUGUGUCAUCCAGCGUGCUGCAGGCCCUGUGGAUUAGCUGCAGCACCGAUGGGCUGUCGGCGGCCCUGGCAUCUCUGCGGAACCUCUACACACCCAACGUCAAGGUGAGCCGUCUGCUGAUGCUGGGCGGGGCCAACGUGAACUACCGCACGGAGGUGCUGAAUAACGCGCCGGUGCUGUGUGUGCAGUGCCACCUGGGCCACCAGGAGAUGGCCAGCCUGCUGCUGGAGUUCGGGGCGGCCGUGGACGGGGUGUCCGAGAACGGGAUGACCCCGCUGUGCUUCGCCGCCGCCGCCGGGCACCUCGGCCUGGUCAGCCUGCUCUGCAAGAAAGGGGCCAAGGUUGACCAUGUGGAUAAGAGUGGUCAGUGCGCGCUGGUCCACGCCGCUCUGAGAGGAUACCCCGAUGUCAUCCACUUCCUGUUAGAGCUGGAGUGGUCCCCUGAGGGUCAGCAGCAGGACUGCAGCCUGAAGAACAAGGCUCUACAGCAGGCCCUGGUGGGGGCCUCCAGCAUGGGACACACGCAGGUGGUGAGGAGCUUGCUGGCGUUGAAUAAUGAGUACUCGGUGCAACUGGACGGCCAUGACACCCUGUGGGGUGAGACAGCUCUGACGGCGGCGGCGGGUCGAGGGAAGAUGGAGGUGUGUGACUUCCUUCUCCAGCAGGGGGCGGUAGUGCAGCAGGCCAAUCGCAGGGGAGUGUCGCCCCUCUUCUGUGCUGUGCGGCAGGGCCACUGGCAGAUUGCGGACCUGCUGCUGCAGCACGGUGCAGACGUGAACAUCAGUGACAAGCAGGGACGAACACUACUGAUGGUAGCGGCCUGCGAGGGCCACCUGAGCACUGCAGAAUUCCUGCUGUCAAAGGGUGCUUCUUUAACUUCGAUGGAUAAGGAGGGUUUGACGCCUCUCAGCUGGGCGUGCUUGAAAGGACACAAGAAUGUUGUGCAGUUUUUGGUGGAGAAAGGUGCGGUCAUAGACCACACGGACAAGAAUGGACGAACUCCGCUGGACCUGGCCGCCUUCUAUGGGGACGCGGAAAUUGUCCAUUACUUGGUGGAGAGAGGUGCGGUGAUUGAGCAUGUGGAUUACAGUGGAAUGAGACCCCUGGACCGGGCGAUAGGGUGUCGGAACACGUCGGUGGUGGUGACUCUGCUGAAGAAGGGGGCGAAACUGGGCUACAGAACGUCUCCUUAUGAUCGAUCAGGGAAUGCCGCCUGGGCGAUGGCAACGUCAAAGCCAGACAUCCUCAUUAUCCUCCUGCAGAAGCUGAUGGAGGAGGGUAACCUGCUCUAUAAGAAAGGGAAGAUGAAGGAGGCAGCACAGAGGUACCAGUAUGCUCUGAGGAAGUUCCCUCGGGAGGGAUUCGGGGAUGACCUGAAGGCCUUCAAAGAGCUGAGAGUUUCGCUGUACCUCAACCUCUCCCGCUGUCGUAGGAAAACCAAUGACUUUGGAAUGGCUGAGGAAUUUGCAACAAAGGCACUUGAGCUGAAACCAAAAUCAUACGAAGCCUACUACGCCAGAGCCAGGGCAAAAAGGAGCAGCAGGCAGUUCGCUGCGGCGCUGGCAGACCUGCAUGAGGCAGCCAAGCUCUGCCCCAACAAUCGCGAGAUCCGCCGCCUGCUGGUGCGAGUGGAGGACGAGUGCAGCCAGCUGCAGAGGGCCCAGCAGAAACAGCAGGGGGCGCCGAGCCAGACGCCGCCGGGGCACGAGUCCGACCGCGAGGAGGAGGAGGAGGGGAGCCCUGGCGACGCUCAGAGCACGCAGGAGCUGAAGGACGCGGACGAGGAGCAGCCCUCUCAGCACGACAAGAGGCCCGAGGCAUGGCCGCGGGACGUCUACUCGCUCAAUCGGACUCUCCCGGAUUCGCUGAGCCUCUCGCAGCAGAACCCGCGGCCCGGGUCGCCUCCCCCCGGCAGGCAGAGCCUCAAGUACCUCCGGGAGCCGCUGGCACAGCAGGGCCUGGUCAUCCAGCCCUCCAAGCAGGCCCAGAUUGUCAAAACCAACCAGCACAUGAACUCGCUGCAGUCUGGGGGCAGGUCCGGGGGCAAGUCCCAGUCCCACUACGCCCCCUCCAGCCCGCUGCCCAGUCGGCACAUCUCCAGCGUGCUGACAGCUGGGCCGGGCAUUGACAUCAGCCCGCUGCCGCCGGGGGCCGCUGACACGGGGGCCAGCUUUGAGGAGCUCCUGGCCGCCACCUCCGCCGCGCAGGGCUCGGCCCGCCACUGCGACUCCGAGGCCCAGCCCCCCUUCCACCCCGCCCAGCCCUACCCCUCCAACACCGCUAAGAGUGCAGAGAGGCUCUCGGCUCACUCAGCGUCCUCCGUGGACACGCUGAUGGCAGGAGGGGGCCCGGGGGUGGGUCAGGAGGCGAGGAAGGAGCCGGCGUCGGGCUCCCAGGCGGGAAGCAUGAAGGUGUCCAGCUCCACCAGCAGCCUGGCGUCCAGCAGCAGCCUCUCGGACAGCGGGAAGCUGCAGGGCCCGGACGUGCGCACCAAGACCGCGGACAAGCCCAAGCCGGGCCCGGGCGGGACGGCCGAGUACAAGCCCCGCCCCUUCAUGGGCAUCAUGGACAAGACGGUGCGCUUCCAGCAGCAGCAGCAGCUGCAGCAGCACCAGGGCCACCAGGGCCACCAGGGCCACCAGGGCCACCAGCCCGCUGGCCGCGGCUGGCAGGGACACCCCGCCGAGGGUCUGCUCGGCCACGCCGCGCACGCUGCGCCCGCCGGCGGCAGCCUGCAGGGGGCGAACUGCGAGCUGCCUUAUGCCAAAUCAGGGAGCGUGUACCACGAGCAGCUCAAAGCUCCGUCUCAGGGCGCCACAGGGAGCCUCCACAAUGGAAUGCAUGCCAAGGAAUUCGCCGAGAAGUUCUGCCAGGUCGCCACCUGCUACAAGGAGUCCAAGCCAGCUGUGGCCCUGCCGCACUCCUUCUCGGACAGCAAGCCCAAGCAGUCCAGCCUGGCCCGAGACAAUCCCCCCAUUCACGUCACGUCAAUGAAACCAAAGCGAUCCUUUAUAGAGUCCAAUGUGUAAUGACAACCCAUCCCCCUCCCUACAGGAUGUUUGAACUUUUUUUUUGUUUUUUGUUUUUUUUUUUUAAAGUGGAGGAAACCUGUUUUCAAAAGAAAACCAUCCUUGUCAAUUCAGGUUUUCAAGUCUUAACUUUUCAGGACUAUACAAAUUUUACAUUUAUUUGCAUCUUUCCUUUGAAUAUUGACCACAGGCAGUAUUUAGACUGGUACAGUUUUAUUCUUGCUAAGAAAUGCGUAGGGCCAUUGCGCUUCUGUUACAGGGCUGCAUGCUACGAUUCAGCAGAGCUGGACAUUGCACUCAGACACUCACACGGCAUGUGUAAGCAGACAAAACAGUGAUGGCACUUUAAUAAUUAAUAUAGGCCUUUUGGGUGCGCAUACGAAAUGUGAUACCGUACAUUAUUAGAUUAUUAAAAUGGAGUUACAUCAGAAAGAGGGUCGAGCUCUGCGUAUGUAAAAAUAAUGGUGCUGACGGAUGAAAAGACUAUUAAAAAAUUCAGUGGACGGUAGAGGACAAGUUGCAGAUCACUCUUAGAUAAGAUAAGAUAACACUUUAUUGAUCCCCAGGUGGGGAAAUUUGGGUGUUAACAGCAGCAGAAAGACAGGCGAAGAAGUAUAGAUAAAAAUACAAUAAGUAUACUAUAAUGUAUAAUAUAGCAGUACCUCUUGUGUUUUGAGGAUACUGCAAAUUACGACUUUUUGUAUAUAUGUAUAUACAUAUUUCCUUCUUUGAAAUGAAUCUAUGUAAUUGUAUUCAACUUGUUCACAUUAUAGGUAUUUAGUUUUAUU